CUUUCUUCCCACUUCUCAUUUUGGAUUGGAUGACCUUCUCCCACGUGUUUUGCCCGGUGAUGGUUAAAUAUGCCCCCAGAGAGCAAAUGUUUGUAUUCAAGGUUUAGUAUUCAGAAUUGCUUCUUGAGACGUAGCCUACCUUAAAGAACCACCUGCCACAGGAUGACAUUGUUAAUCCGAGGACUCAUCUGUUGCAUGUUGUUGCUUGCUAUGGAGGUCCAAGGAACAUACCGACUUCAUGGAGGAUACCAUCCUCGGCAGCAUCACGCAGACACCCGUAUCCUGCCACCGCAAACGUUUCAGCGGAGCAUUCAACAGCAACAACCAUUUCAGAGUGCUCCACAAGGACAGCAACAAAUUGGGAAUGUUCAGCAACCAGCUCAGUUGUCUCAGAAUCAGAAUCAAAGAACUAUUGAUUUGGGAGUACAUGGCAAUAAUUACAGGUUUAAUGGCUAUCACUACUAUCACCAGCCACCCAGGAAAUGGCCACCAGUCAUGUACCUCCGGCCCACAGCACCACCCCCUCCACCUGAACAGCCGGUCAGUACCCCAAGCGGCACCCCCACUCCCAUCAUCAGUGCUGGCACAGUAACCCACUGCAAAAGCCGGCCCCUAGAUCUGGUGUUCAUUAUCGACAGUUCCCGUAGCGUGCGCCCCGCAGAAUUCGAGAAGGUCAAAAUAUUCCUGGCUGACAUGGUCAACACGCUCGAGGUUGGCUCGGACGCCACGCGUGUGGCCGUCGUGAACUACGCUAGCACAGUGAAGAUCGAGUUCCUGCUCAAGACGCACUUCGACAAGCCGGGCCUGAAGGCAGCGCUGGCCCACAUCGAAUCUCUAGCGGCUGGCACCAUGACUGGCCUGGCUAUCAAGACGGCCAUGGAGGAGACCUUCACCGAGGAGUCAGGCUCCCGGCUAGCCAACAAGAACAUCGCCAAGGUGGCCAUCAUCGUGACCGACGGACGGCCCCAGGACACGGUGGAGGAGGUGGCCGCGGCAGCGAGGGCGGCGGGCAUCGAGAUCUACGCAGUGGGGGUGGACAGGGCGGACAUGAAGUCCCUACGCCUCAUGGCCAGUCUGCCACUGGACGAACACGUGUUCUAUGUGGAGACCUACGGCGUCAUCGAGAAGCUCACGUCCAAGUUCAGGGAAACCCUGUGUGGUGUGGAUGCCUGUGCCUUGGGACACGAUUGUGACCACAUAUGUGUCAAGAACAACAACUCGUACACCUGCAAGUGUCGAGAAGGCUAUACACUGAAUGCGGACAAGAAAACAUGUUCACGUAAGGACCACAAGCCUCUAUCGGGAAUGUGUGGAGAUAUACAAACGGAGGAGAGAGAGCUCCAGGAGAUAGCCUCUGAGCCCCACAGCCAGCAUUACUUUCACUCGGCCAACUUUAGCACCAUCGACUCCAUAGCUCACACCUUAAAGAGCAAGUUGUGCCACAAGGACGCAAAAGAGAUGAGUGGGAAUAAGCUGAGUGAAGACGCGUGCAUGUGUGAGGCUCAGAUUGCCUUCCAGAUGAAGAUGCAGUCCACCAUACAGGAGCUGACCAGCAAACUAGAUGAUUUAUCGAGGAUAGUGACCCAGGUUGGACGAAAGCGUUGAUUCUAAAGAAGAGGACACAGCAAAGAGACCAUUUAGAGCUCACCCAGUUAACCUCAAUCUAAAAUGGCUGUAUAGUUUUCCUGUUUUAGCAACGUUCAUUAUUAACAACAGUCCAUUUUGGAGUUAUUGUAUGUUCUGUAUAACCUCCUUCAAUCUAUGUGUUUUACAUAUAAGACUUUUUGUUUACCAUUGAAUGACUUGGCCAGUAAUGUUCCAUUUGCUCACAACAGAUAUCCCCCAUUUCAUCCCAUUUAAGCUAAGAACAAAGACCAAAUAGAUUUUUUUUGCACAAUAAUUUGCUCCCCAUGGUAGCACCUUUCCAGUUAACAAUAUUCGAUAUGUAUUUUAUCUUCCACCUAUAAUGAAAGUGCAGAGGAAGCAAUAGGCUACAUCACUGACAAGUGAUUUGUUUCCUUAUUGUGGCAUGUGCGAGAUAAAUGAAAGACAUGACACAGGAAAUGUAAUUUAUGUCAAUGCGUAAUUAUUGAAUAUUUAUAUAUAACUUGUAUUUACAUAAGAAGACUAGCUUGUAAUAUUCAUGUGGCUUACGGUUUGUGUUGAUGAGGAAAAAGGAAUUGUGCAUUUUUGUGUAGUGUGUGUGUAUAUAUCAAAAUACAGUGCCUUCGGAAAGUUUUCAGACCCCUUGACUU